AUGUCAGCAGAAGAAGACAUGUCCCUCACUCCCAUCUCACCCCAGCCUCUACCCCUUCCGACCGUCGAGUUAUCAUUUGAUACGUACAACGGAGGAGCAUGGGACGAUCGAGAGUUGAUUCGAGCUAGCGAAGCAGCGAUGAAGGAGUUUCAUGCUCAUCACCCUGGACCUGGAAGCUGGCUAGAUAAAGCUACUGCUGCAUUGGCAAAGGGUCAGAAAUUACCUGGAGCAGAUGAUUAUGGAACUGCUUGGUAUUCUGCUUCUUUAACUUCUGAAACGGAAGGACAAGCAGAAGCAUCUACCUCAACCCGAGUUAAAGUAAAUGACAACACGAAUGGUAAUGGGACCCAAUCGAAUAAACGACGAAAGACUAAACGAACCAAUAUGUACGAUACGAAUAUACCCAAUCCUUAUCUCCCUUCUACAUCUAUAUCCACAGAUCCCUCGCAUUCGCAGUCAGCAAGAAAGGGCUCACCUACUUAUAAUCCUGGAUCACCAACCUCUCGACCGAUACAAGAGUUAAACACCGAUAGUGACAGUGAAAGCGAUUCUGAAGAAGAUUUCUAUGAUGAAGAGGAAGUAGAAGACGAGGAGUACGAUGAAGAUGCAGAAUGGAACUUACCAACUCAACACCAACAACAGCAGUAUGGAUCAGGAUAUGAUCAAUUAUUCCCUUCUCUCGGUGUUUAUCCGCCAGGUGGGAUCAAUAGGGAAGAAGCGCUAGGGUACGCGAUGACUGCUCAGUACUGGGCGGGAUACUGGAUGGGUGUUGCGCAAUCGCAGAAUCAGUCUGUGUCGCAGAGUCAAGGGAAUGGGAAUGGUGUAGGAUACCAACAGGAUCAGAGGGAGAAGAGAAGUAAAAGGAGAAGACGAGUUAAUUUCGAUUUAGGUGAUGAAGAUGACACCACUGUCGAUGCUUUUAAAUUUAAUCAAAUGAAUGGGAAUGGAAAUGUUCAACCGACUAAUUUGAAAGUUACCAAAAAAAGGUUCGAUCCUGUUAUUAAUGGGUUAAGGAGGUAG